GACGACGAGUUGAUGAUAAUGGAAAACCAAGCUUGAAACAUCCCGCUGACCUAAAUUCUACAACACAGUUAACAUCAAUCGCACUGGAUCCGUCAGAAAAAGAGACACUAGAAUUCAGUGGAAACGUCUUUAAAACACACCCGUCAUUAAAUGUUCACAGUAGAACACCGGCAUCAAAAGACAAGACGGAUAAAACAUCUGAAACUCCUUUAAGUGCUCAUUCUAAACCCAUUUCAAAAAUACCAUCAAAGUCUAAUAGUUUUGUUGCACCAAUCAAAAUCCAGAAAACAAUUCAUACAAUAAGAAUUAACGGACAAAGUAAACCAUCAACAAAUCACAUUACUCAUGGAACAAGAGGGUCCAACAUGCGACAUAUUUCACUUUCAGGGAAAGAUAACUUCAAAUUGCAAAGACAUGGGAUUACGUACUUACAACCAACAAUUGAACUAGUAAAGACAAAUGUGAAAACAUCAGAUUCAUACAACCCCGAAGAUCAACAAACUGGUAAUGGUGUUGCAGUUAAACUAAACAAGAAAACAAUCUAUGGGGAGAAAAACCUUAAUAAUUUACCACGGAUAAAUGAUGCCAGACAAUCUUCAAAUGUUAUACUUAAUGUUGGUGGUAAUGCUUCCGGAAAGAUAAUGUCGCAGAAACCAAUUGACAAAACCGUCAUUGCUGGUAGGAAAGUACCAGAUUCAUAUAACACCGCUCAUCCACAAAAUGUUAAUGGCGUUGCAUUUAAAUUAAACAAGAAUACAAUCUCUGGGGAGAAAAAUCAAAAUAAUUUACCACUGAUCAAAGAUUCUAGACAAUUUUCAAAUGUUAUACUUAAUGUUGGUGGUAAUGCUUCAGGAAAAACAAUGUCGCAGAAACCAAAUGACAAAGCCUUCACUGCUACUGAAAAAGAUAUCAAGAAAGCAAGUUUAGGACUGGUGAAAAGUCUAACCCCUUCUCUUCAUAAUACAGCACCUAUUUUAAAUACAAAUGAGAACAAUAUAUAUAACAAAAAUCAAAAUCAAAAUCUGAAACCAAUGGUUCACAGCGAUUCAAUCAUGAAUGAAAUACACACAGAGACAGGGGGUUCAAAAGAUACUGGUUUGGAUCAUACUGCAACAAGUAAACCAAUUUAUAAAUCACUGCAAAGUAAAAAUAGAUCAGGUAAGCUGAAUAAUUUGUCAUGGCAACACAGAGCUACCAGCAAACCAGUUGUUCAGCAACAAGCUUAUGUAAACAACCCACCAAAGCCUUUACCUAUUUCUUGGGGUCCUGUGGCAACGAGUAACACAGCUAUCACAGAAAAAAAAUUUGGAACUGUUGCAGCUGAUUUACCCGGUCAUAAAAAAAUAUCGUGGGGUCCAGUGGCAACCAGUAAGCCGAGUCUUGAUAAAAAGAAAAUUAAUGUGGAAAUUGAUAAUAAUAUACAAUGGGCACCAGUUGCUACAAGUAAACCGAGUCUUGACAAAAAGAAUAUUAAUGUGGAAAUCGGUAACAAUAUACAAUGGGCACCAGUUGCUACAAGUAAACCGAGUCUUGGUAAAAAGAAUAUUAAUGAGGAAAUCGGUAACAAUAUACAAUGGGCACCAGUUUCUACAAGUAACCCGAGUCUUGGUAAAAAGAAUAGUAAUGUGGAAAUCGGUAAUAAUAUACUAUGGGGACCAGUUGCUACAAGUAAACCAGCCUCCACAGAAAAACCAGCUAGUGUUGACUAUAUUCAAAUUCCUAAAAAUAUAUCAUGGGGCCCAAUAGCUACAAGUAAUCCUGUUGUGACAGGACAUCAAACGAAAAUGCUUGACAAACAAACAAACUUAGAUGUAUCACGACAACUAUUUACAAACAAUGGUCAAGGCUCAAGGGGAAAAGUAGCAACAAAUAAAAUUCUUAACUCUGGACAGAAAACCAGAAGUCGCAUAUCUGGUCUCUCUAUUGGUUUACUUGAUCAACUUAGACCACCAAGCAAGAGAAAUUUGGGUUCAAAUAGAGGUAGGCUUACUAUUGUGGAUGCAGGCAACAGUUCAAACGUGUUACCAAUGCCAAAUGGAAAAGCCAAAGAUCAGAUACAAAAUAAGAUAAGAGCAGAUGAAAUUUUAACGACUAAGUGGUUAGACUCCAAAAGGAAAGAAGCUACAUUGUUAGCAACAGAGUUGGACGGCAUAUGGAAAGAUGUAAAUAGAACAAUGAUUGGUGGAGCAACAAGCUCGUGUCCCGUGUAUACAAUUAAAUAUCAGGACAAUUCUGUCAUAUUAGAUACAGUGGAUAAUAAAUGCAGAACGGUUAUCACAUGGCACAAAAAGACAAAACGUGAACAAAUCCGGGAGAACACGUGGUACGGUGCCAAUGUCUACUACAGGGAUAGACCCUAUUACGUUCCGGUGGUCACCUACGUGGACUUAGCUAAAGUAUGAGAACAGUUAGUCACUGCCUGUACUUCAAGAAUUCCAUGUUUCUUUCAUCAGGGACGCAAACGCUACAAUUGACAUAUGAAUGUACAUUUCUGUCUAUUUCAUUAAAUGGGUACCAUCGUAUAUCAUGUAUAGAUGUGUUUCUGAACGCUAUUUCUUUGAAAUUCAUAUUUAAACCUUAUAUUGAUAUUUUUGGAAAUGAGACACGGCUUUCUAUUGGAGAUUUCU